UUCGUGUCUAAUCAUACUUGCCAAUGCGCGAGUGUUAAGCGCGUUUGCUAGGCGGUGAAUCAUUGGGGCAUAUUUUAGAGCGGCCGUUUUUCUCUGUUGAUGACGCUUCAAAAAAAGUGUCCACUAUACUGACUAUAGCAGCUACUUAUUUGAAUCUCACAUGUUCCUGCGAGCGUUCUACGUUCCUUUCGUAUAAAAGUAAAAUACAAUGAACAUGAAAUACUAACAAAUGAAGUCCCGUAAUUGCUAGACUGUAAUUUGUGUGUCGGCACUUAUCUCCUGCGAUCAUUUUCCUUUUAGCCAUCGAAUAUCUUCAAAGGGGCAAACAGCCUAAUGCUAACAACUUACGCCUUGUCCGCAAAUAUGCACAGUGUAUACAUCUAAACGUAUCGCUCCUAACUGAACGUGAUAGGGUCAAACAGCAACGUACACAUGUGAAGUUUACCGUUUUUCUAGGCGUCCUCGAUCGCUCGUAUAAAGCUGUUUACCAUUAUCGCCACUACAAGUGAAAACCAGGUGUGAACGACGACGAGCGUAUUGUUCGAUUUUAUAUGAUCAGAGUGUUUGUAGUCUGAAAACAUGACACCUGGUUUGUUCAGCUUACCAAGUACUGGCCUGGACAGCUGGCAAGGCAUACGGGUGGCUUUUAGGUGUAUGCUUGUGAUGACUCUUACAGCAGGUGGUGUCCGUUCAGCCGGUGUGAUGUAUGUGGGCAUCAUGAACCACUUUAGGGCGACUCGCGAGGAGGCUUCUUGGCCACUUUCGGUUAUGGGGGCGAUGCUCAGCCUAAUCAGUACGUUUGCUGGCCCUUUGGCUCAGGCAAUUUCGCCUAAACCAGUGAUUAUCGCCGGUUCUCUUUUAAUAUCGAUAGGACUCAUGAUGUGCUAUUUUGCCCCAUCCAUUGCGUGGUUUACCGUCACAUUCGGUAUUAUAUUUGGCAGUGGCCUAGGCACCGUUUACACCAUCAACGUAGUGUUCCUUCAACAGUAUUUCUCGAAAAUGCGCGGCCUUGCAAUGGGUAUUAAUUACGCUGGCUCAACCACAGCUGGAUUUGUUUUUCCGGUUCUACUGACGUAUUUAAUGGGCGAGUUCGGCUUUAGGGGUACGUUACCAAUCCUCAGUGUUAUACUGCUGCACAUCUUCGCGUUAUGUCUCAUGCACCAUGAAGCACCUUGGCUCAAACCCGUUAAACGCGCCACAAAGAGCCAAGUACCAGCAGAGCAAAGCCCGAACAACGAAAUAUUCAACAUUAACACCGGUACAGAAAUCUCCCCAGAUAGAAAUGAAGCAGCUUGGUAUGAGAAGGCAGAGCAAGCCGACGCAGCAAAACCCACACAAUCCAGCCAUGCUUCGUUCUGGGAAAGUUUAUCGAUCAUGAAGAUCCGCGAGUUCUAUGUGAUUAUAUUAAGCUUUACGCUAUUUAUGUACGCGUAUGAUGCCUACUUUACUACGGUUAUCGAUUACAUUGUCGACCAGGGAAUCCCCUUACACCGGGCGACCACUGUGGUACCCCUAUAUUCAAUCACUGACAUGGUCUCAAGACUCACUGUGCCUCAACUCGGCGAUCGGGGCUAUAUUGACAAGGAGCUUCUUAUAGCCCUAUCAUACACCCUCCAAACUAUUUGCUACGUAUGUUUCCCUAUAGUGUCGCUGGCGGGUACCUUCACUUCAAUUGCACUGUUGGCAAUGCUACAUAGUGCUGCAGUGGGAACCUCAAUUGUGAUGCAGGGUGUGCUAAUGGGGGAACACAUAGGACCGGCGCGUUUACCAAUGGCUUACGGGAUCAUGGGAGCCUUCGUCGGAAGCACGUAUUUUUCAAAACCAUACUUUAUCGGAUAUUUUCGUGAUACUAUUGGCAGUUACACGAUGAUGUUUCUCAUAUAUGCCGUCUGUGCGGGGACAGCGGCCGCUACGUGGUUCGUUACUUGGUUUCUCCAUCGUUUCGCUGGUAAACAUAAGAAAUCGUACUCACAACGACAGCGAGAUGCAACGGAAAAGAAUAGUAAGCAUGCGGAAGUUACUCUUAACGCCGUUCCAGAACUUGGCAUCAAAAAGACUUCCAGGUAUAGCCGCAACAAGUCUUCCGAAGAGAUUAGUUUACAUGACAUCAUAGGACAGCGCUCCAGAUCUAGCACUAUGCUGCAUUUGUAGGGCCCUAAAGACCCCGUAUCGGUGAGCAAGAUCGGUAAAAGGUCGCGAUCACUUUGAAGGGAAAGCGACAGACAGAAACUUGAAGCUACACGGAGAACGGGGCCUUGUGCGUAUGGGAACGCAACAUAAGCAACGGGUUGCAGAAGACGACUGGGCAGACUAAAAAGGAUGUAAACCUAAAGAUGAAUUUGGUCUAGUAGCGUUAGUUUCGAUGUAAUCACCUGGUUACCCUCCGUCCCAAAACCUUAGCGAAGAGAGGCAAAAAAGAGACCAAAAACGUGUCUUCCUCUUUUUUCUCCCUUUUUUGUUCUCGAGACGCGUUCCGCCCCUUGUUCCGCCUGCGACAAACAAGGAUCAAGGUUCAUCUGCAUAACGAAUUCAACCACCAUAGCAGUCGCAGCAUCUACGAAGAUCAGUAGCUGCUGGCCGAAGCAACUGUUGAUAAGCCACUGCUGAAUCGUCACAACUACCCUAUGACAGGAUCGACGACGAACAAGUGGCCCCUCUCCUGAGCCACUCAUAGCAUGUAGCCAUUAACAACAAGCAUUCAUCCCGAUCCAACAUGCCCCGUCCUUCUGACAAGCUGAUUCUGCAUCGCGCGUUGGACAGUCAACAUCGAAAGAUACAAACAGAAUUACCGACUGAUCGCUCGGCUCACAAAGCCAGUUUGGACAACCUGGACAAGCGUUCGCCGCACGGCGUAACGAAACCCCAAUAUAUUUACUAUACUGAUUCCCUGUUGAUUCUCGAAUACCAUAGCUUAUUGUUAUAGAUUUAGGGCAGUGUAAAGUAGUUUCAAAGAAAACAUUACUAUGCUAUUAUCUAUGGUCACUUAUAAGCGGAGAUGAGAUUAGGUAUUUCAAUAGCUGCAAUGCAGUCUUCCGGCAUGUUACUAUGAGGAGCUGUCAAAUCCAGCACAGUUAUAAUACUAUACACCACCAGCAGCAUUCUGUGACUCACUAAUGCGGUGUACCCGCCAUAAUAGUUUUUAAUCACCAACCUUUCCCGUGUUGGACUCUGCAAUCCAAUUUACUUAGCGUGUGUUAUUAUACGCACGCGAACAGAAUCCGUUUCCUUCUGUUUUUCCCUCGCUAAUGUUCUAUGUUGUCGUAUAACAAUGACAGCGAAUAUGCUACACACUGAAAUCUUAUCCGCAUAACCGUACCACAGAGGCAGACUCCCGGGUAGCAAAAACAGCCAAAGGGGAAGGCGCACAGAAAGCAGAAGGAACAGAGAUACCAUUCGAGAAAAUUUCCGAAAAAUAUAGGGUAUACCCUUUUCCCUCCGUCCGCUGCGCUCUCUCUCUCUUCCUUUCCCUUGCUUUCGCCUCCUGUUGCUCUUCACUAAGACCUAGCGAAUGCCGUCGUUUCCAUUUCCAGGCUGAGGAAAGACAAUGAAACCUCACUGGGAACCCUGCAGCGCAGAAGUGAUCUCGUGGUGCUGACAGAGUCGCGGUGGCGACGGAAGCAACAGCAGGAAAAGGCACGAAUCAAAAAGCGGAAAGGGAUUUUUGGAAAUAGAUAAAUUUUCAAAAUUGAUGAAAUUUUUUAACGACAGCAAGAGUAGCGGCGGCGGCGGCGGCGGCGACGGCGGUACGCCUGAACAGGACAGUGCAAAGUACGGGGCACGUAGGAUAAGGAAUCGAAUCGACUAGAGUAACUGCAGCUUGAUCGACUCUGACAAACCCUAAAUCCGGGCUCCACAGCUCUCCACUGACGUGCCAAGCUGCUACGGGCUGCUCUUACUCACUUGCGCCAUAGCGGUGCUCCAGAGUUCCAAAAGAAACCUCCCGCUGACUCGAAAUCGUACGUAUUAGAGAAUGCCGUGCUUGUAGCAGCAGUCGCAGACCCCCUGCCGUUGAGUAUCCACCGGCACGGGAGCAACUGCUCAAAUCAAAGCCCUAUUACCCGUAUAGCCCGCGGACCUCGAUAGCUAGCUACUUGCCAUCGACCCUACUUCGAAGUCGCUGUAAGCGAAUCUCUGCGUGAAGAAACACCGUCGCUUGUUUUUUCGCAUCAAAGUUGUCGUCCAUCAACACACAACGUUAUCCGCGGCACCUUCUGCAGUAUGGGUUAGAGCGAACUACUGAGAGGCACACACCUUUGCGACUGUCUAUUUGCUUUGAUAAGUUGGGUUGUCAAUUUAGAAAAAAAAAUUACCCAACACCACUAGGCCACCACGCGUUUAUCCACUACGCCAUCACGAGUAUAUUACUACAGCACACUGACCUAUCAAUUGAUUAAAUAAAAAAAUUUUUUUGUCACCGCAGUCACAUUUGACGCAUGAUAAUUUACAAUGAUUCGUUGCAUGGCCCAACGACACAAUCGGGUUAGUUUAUAGUGCUAAUCCGCAAAACGCAAAGGGAAAAGUUUUUACAAGACAUGCAUAUGUUUUUCUCCCUUAAAUUACAUAUCGUUUUCGUAUCGUGUAGCUGUGGAGUCGCGGAGUCAAUAUUAGAGGUCUGAAAUGCCGCUUAGAGACACUGGGUCUCUCUUUCCUGAGCAUGUGCCAUGGCGCCCAGGGCAGUGGUUCCUAACUGCAAGCCUGAUUUCUUUUUGCUGCUUUAUCCUGAAAACGCAAUAAUUGUACGCUGUUCAAAAUAGCGCGAUGCAGUGCCUGACACACAAGGCAUAUGAUGAAUAGAUUAGUGAUAGUGGGUAUUAUGCUGCCAACAACUGAAAUGUUGUUGUUUUUCAGUACAUUAUGAAUGUAAUAUCGAUAUUCUUUCGAUACAGAUGUUAUGUAAUAAAAAUAUAGACAAGUACGCCAUGUUACUUUUCUCGAAUAGCUUUAGGCGUCCGAUAUAGUGGCGUAUCUGCCUGGACGUCCCUUAGGCCCCUAUGGAAAGUUUGCUCACACGAGGAGGGUAUCGAGUGAAGACAGACGCCACAAUAUUUUAACCAUGAAGCGUCGCACGGCUGCGAUAGAGGAAGAAACGCACUGGUGAGGACUGUCAAGCGACAGCUGGUAGACAAUUAAAAACAACACAGUUCAUUAUCGGAUUUAUGAAAUAUCAGGAAAUAGUUCCAAGGUUUUCCAGUUUCCAAGUGAGAUGUUCACGACGGUGAACUGUCUAUAUAUAUAACGAAUAUAAAAUGGGCAUUUAGUGUGUUGACACCCACUGCAGGAAUACUGGCUAGACAACACGAAGUAGGCAAUUGCCUCUUAAAGGGUGGUAUGUAUACGUAUACAUAUAGAGCGAGAGAGAGAGAGAGAGACGGAUCAAGAUAAAGAGAGAUAGAGGAAAGGAAAGUUGAAUAAACAGGUACGAUCAGUCAGUUAUUUUUUACACGACUUAGCAGAAUCGGCUUCCCCUUAAAAAAUUUUCCCAGCCCCAUGAGUGUUCGGCGAAAGUAUACGUGAAUAUGUGUAAGUGCUGUUACGGUUUCUCUCAAGACACUAUUCAUAAAAACACUGUAAUCUUCGCCCUUCCUGAAUCCUGCAAUCGAUGGGCGUCUCGUGCAUAUACCUCUUACCAUACAAGCUGCGUUUAUUAUACAUUUUGAAAUCGGCUUCCUAGCGAAAUAAUCAAACGGAGUGAAGUAAUAAAAUAUCAAACCUUUUUACGCGCGCAGGCUGUCCUUUAAGUGCGUUACCAUAACUUGCGUAGCGUCCUGCACAUGUCACAACAGCUAUCCAAAUCGCGCCAAGUUUUAAGCCUGCGCAACAUAAUCCAUGGAAAUUUAUUUCGGCAACGCUUAAUCUUUGCUCGAGCGAUCGUUAUCAGGGCUGUAUACUAUAGAAAGCGAAGCUAUCAGUCACAAUUCGUUCGUAAAAUCGACGCUCAGUUCCGACUUUAGACGGCACUAUGUCGAAAUUUGGACUCCUUCUAGCCUGAAACAACUAGAGACACGUAACCCGCUUUUCCAUUUGUUGACGCUAGUUAAAUCUCAACUAUAAAUAUAUAGCAUUUUAACCAGUGUUUGGCAUUCGUCCAAACCAUGGAAAAGUAUAACUACAAAACGUUGAAACAAUCGACAUCCGUCUAUGAAUUAGGUGACACCAUUUCGCACACACUUUGGUCCGAACGUGAUGCCGAACAUGGCGCUAGGGAUGGUGUAGAGGUCACUUUUGGAGCUGAACAUUAUGUAAACGGGGGUGAAUACAACGCACCAAUAUAGGCCCGUGCUACCCGACAAUUUUGGACGAUGACAACAUUUAAAACGAGGCUAUCGCUUGUAGGGUAUCGCCUCAUAUCGUUACAUGGAAUGCGAGAACAACAUUUCCGUUGGUACUAGGAUGCCAUUUUGCUCUAUCUGAAGGCCAGCGGCUGAAGCCAGCCUAGAAAAGAUUUCGUGUGUGGCCAAAAGGAGCAUUUGCUGUUUCAUUGAUAUAUAAACAAUUUAUAUUUACAGUGCUACAUAUAUUACAAAACACAUGCAGGAUAACAAUCAAUUUUAUUCAUUUAUCCGCUUUUAAAUACAUAUCCAAUAAUAUAUUCUCGUUGGCCCAAAUAUUCGACAUUGAUAUAUGAUUUAUUUGUUUGGACUAAUCGAUCUGAAUAUAUAUGUACAGAUAUCUGGCAUCUGUACACAGACCGAAGUUACUGUACUCAUUUAUGUCUGCAAUUCGUUUAUUUAUAACGAAAUAAAUGUACGCUUAUACGUUAUUGCUUUAUUAUUAUUAUUAUAUAGCCACUCCUUACGAUAUCUGUUAAAUGUUGAAGAAGCUUAACAAACAACAAAAAGUUAACAAAAUAAGCUUUGUCUGUGUGGCCCAAGCUGAAUCGGCUCACCUUCACGCAGAGCAGAUGCCUAGGCUCCUUCGAGCAUUACUAUAAAUACGCAAUAUACCUUAAUAAAACGUUUCGCUAAAAUUGAAAAGUC